AACAAAAACUUUCUCAAACCUUCCCCAAAAAGCUUCACUCUAAUGGCGUUUCCACUAAAUCUAAUCCAAACCCUUCUCUUCUUCUUCUCUCUUCUUCAUCUUUCUCUCGCUGCUUUCACUCCAACUGAUAAUUACCUUAUCAAUUCCGGUUCUAGCACCAACACAUCUUUCUUCACAAUCCGUUCUUUUCUCAGCGACUCUUCAAAACCUGGCUCGAGUUUUCUCUCCACCGAUCGAUCUAUUUCCAUUUCUGACCCGAACCCAUCUCCAGAUUCACCCGCUUUAUACAACACAGCUCGUGUUUUCCCCAUCGGAGGAUCAUACAAAUUCCAAGUCACUACCAAAGGCACUCACUUUAUCCGUCUCCAUUUCGCGCCUUUUAAAGCUUCAAGCUUUAACUUAAGGUCUGCGAAAUUUCGAGUUUUGAUUAAUGGGUUCUCUGUGAUUAACAGUUUCAGUACUAGCUCCGUCGUUGUUAAAGAAUUUAUACUCAAAAUCGAUGACCCUGUUUUAGAGAUUUCGUUUAUACCUUCUAAAGCUUCUGGAUUUGGGUUUGUUAAUGCGGUUGAAGUGUUUUCAGCACCUAAUGAUUAUAUAAUGGAUCAAGGAACAAAGCUUGUAAUCCCUAACUCUGCUCAAAUCUUUAGUAACUUGUCAUCUCAAGUUCUUGAGACUGUUCAUAGAAUCAACGUUGGUGGUUCUAAAUUGACGCCGUUUAAUGAUACAUUGUGGAGGACUUGGGUUGUUGAUGACAACUUUCUUCUGUUGAGAGCUGCUGCGAGACGUGCUUGGACUACUCAUUCUCCGAAUUAUCAAAGCGGUGGCGCCACGAGAGAGAUUGCUCCGGAUAAUGUUUAUAUGACUGCUCAGGAGAUGGAUCGAGAUAAUCAGGAGUUGCAGGCAAGGUUUAACAUUAGUUGGGGAUUUCAGGUUGAUGAGAAACGAGUUCUUCAUUUGGUUCGUUUGCAUUUCUGCGAUAUCGUUAGUUCUUCGCUUAAUCAGCUCUAUUUCAAUGUCUUUAUCAAUGAGUAUCUUGCGUAUAAAGAUGUUGAUCUUUCCACGCUUACUUUCCAUGUGCUUGCGUCUCCGUUGUACAUUGAUUUUGUUGCGGAGUCUGAUCGUUCUGGAAUGUUGAGGAUUAGUGUUGGACCGUCUGAUCUUAGUAAUCCGGCAAGAGUUAAUGCUCUAUUGAAUGGAGUUGAGAUCAUGAGGAUUUUAAGCCCUGUGAGUUCUGAAGUGGUAUCUGGAAAGAGGAAUGUUGUCUGGAUCGUGGUUGGCUCGGUUUUGGGAGGUUUUGUGUUCUUGUCGCUGUUCUUCUUGUGCGUUUUGUGCUUGUGCAGGCGCAAGAACAACAAGACGAGGAGUUCGGAAAGCACGGGGUGGACACCUUUGAGGAGGUUUAGAGGCAGUUCCAACAGUAGAACAACUGAAAGAACUGUUAGUUCUAGUGGCUACCAUACUCUGAGAAUCUCUUUCGCUGAAUUACAAUCCGGAACCAAUAACUUUGAUAAAAGUUUAGUAAUCGGAGUUGGCGGAUUUGGGAUGGUUUUUAAAGGACCCGCUGUUGAUCCGUUGCUUGUUAGGGAGCAAGUAAAUUUAGCAGAAUGGGCAAUCGAGUGGCAAAGGAAAGGGAUGCUCGAUCAGAUCGUUGAUCCGAAUAUCGCGGAUGAAAUCAAACCGUGCUCCUUGAAGAAGUUCGCAGAAACCGCAGAGAAAUGCUGUGCGGAUUACGGCGUAGAUAGACCGACAAUUGGCGAUGUUCUGUGGAAUUUAGAACAUGUACUUCAGCUUCAAGAAUCAGGACCAUUGAACAAUCCUGAAGAAGUUUAUGGAGACGUUACCGACUCAGGAACAGCUCGGCAAGGUCCAUCUAGUGGCUCGAACACAGAUAGGGACUAUGGAGAUGGAACUUCAGGCAUAAUCAGUAGCAGCCAAGUCUUCUCUCAGCUAAUGACUAACGCUGGCAGAUAAAAAAAGAAAGUCAUUGCUAUAUAGAGCAAGUAUUCAUAGUCAUAGAGGGACAAUACAUAAACCGGGAAACCAAAGCGGUGUACCGGUAUUCGGAUUCGGUUUGUGUUUGGUAUAAUUUUGUUUGGUUGUAUACUAUGAGUCUAUGAUUGUUCAUUUGUAAUAGAGAUGAAUCAUUUAA